AUGGGGAAUUGUGCACUAAAGCCAAAAGUGUUGUCGGAAACCGGAGCUCCGGCGCCGGAGGAGCUUAAGGAUUCACUUCUUGAAGAUCAAAAGAUCGACGCUGCAAAAUCUCUUAGCAACUUGUUCCUUCAAGACAAGGCAGAGAAGCAAACGAAGGAAGACGAGAAGAUAACACCGGAAAAGAUUCCGGUAACUGAAGAUCUGAAAACAGCUUUGGUGAAGGAGAAAGCUCUGGCAACAGAGAAAAAAGCUCAGUUGACGGAGACAAAAGCUCAGAUACCAGAGAGUAAAGCUCCGGUAACAGAGACGAAAGUUCAGGUAACGGAAACAGAAUCUCCGGUAACGGAGACAAAACUUCCGGUGAUGGAGACAAAAGUUCUGGCUGAUGAUCAGCAGAUUAUGUUUGUUCUCAAUAUCAAAAUGCAAACGCUAGACUCAUUAUAUGAAUUAAAACGUCAGAUUUGUCAAUCAACGAAAAUGUCAAUGAAAGAGAAUUCAAACGCUAGAUUAUUCAUUUGCGUUCUUUGA